UGAGUUUUGGUGGAAUGAGAGUGACGUGGAAUUAACAGGAUCCCUGAGGAGCUUUUUAUAUAUAUUUCAUAACUUCACUUUCUCUCGCAGAGGGACAAGAAUAACAAGAAGAGAAGAGGAAGCUGCUUUUGUGGGGAGGGAGAGAGCAGGGGAGGGAGAUGAAGGAACAAAUCAUGGGGAGUCCAUUGAUGAUGAGGUCAUACGAGAGCACUCCAGAGAGACCCUUCUCUGUGUCCGAACCGGUCAGUCUGCUCCAAAGCCCCUCUUCCUCGGAUGGCUUCAACUCCUUCAAGAUCGAUGAGGAGGAGACCUACCUGGGGCACCAGAGAAAGAUGGGCAGGAAGAGCAGCAGUUUCGCCUUCCGGGUCCGGGACCACGUGAAGCUGGGGCCGAAGUUGUCGGAGACGGUGAAGGGCAAGCUGAGAUUGGGGGUAAAGAUCGUGCAAGGAGGAGGGAGAGACAGCAUAUUCAAGCAGGUGUUUGGGAUGGAGGAAGGGGAGGAGUUCCUCAAGGCCUCGCAGUGCUACCUGUCGACCACCGCCGGUCCAAUUGCAGGCCUCCUCUUCAUCUCCACCAAGAAGAUUGCCUUCUGCAGCGAGAGAUCCAUCACCUUCCCUUCCCAUAAUGGGAAGCUAGUGAGAUCACCUUACAAGGUUUUGAUACCGACUGAGAAGAUAAAGCAAGCGAACCGGAGCGAGAACGUGAACAACCCGGCGCAGAAGUACAUAGAGAUACUCACCGAAGAUGACUACGAGUUCUGGUUCAUGGGGUUCCUGAGGUACGAGAAGGCCUUCAAGAAUCUUGAGAAGGCCAUGACAGUGGCUAAUAGAAUGUAAAGGGAAGCAACAGAGAUGAUGUUGUUCAACUUAGUGAGAUUAGCGAACUCCCCUGUGCUGUCCUAGUGAAAUGUGUUUCAGAUGCAGGGCAUGGAAAGAGUGCACUGUAGCAGAACAUCCAAUUUUGUGUCAUUAGCAUCAAGUGCUUUUAGAUGGGAGAAUAAUAAUACAUGUGACUGUUCUCUAUUAUGCAAAUUGCAAAAUAUAUUCAAAUCGAACACCAUGCGGUUAAUGUUGUUUCUUGAAUUAUUCAAGAACAAACAUGUUAGGAUGGAGAGCAACUUAUUUUAACUCGAGAGAUUUAUUCAUCUCUGCCAAAAGCAAGUGAAAGCAUAAAGUAUGCAAGAAAUAACUAGCGUAAAUUACUUGACCUGUUCUUUCACAAGCAGUCUAAAGGAUUAUAAGAAUGUGUUCGAUCAAUUUACAUGG